AUGCCAAACAUUACCAACCUUGAGUUUGAUGCUCUUGACAACUCUGGAGAUAAUUAUUUAUCUUGGGUGGUCGAUGUUGAAAUGUACCUUGACUCUGAAGGUCUUGGUGAUGCAAUCAAAGAGGGAAAUAAAGCAACCACUCAAACUAAAGCAAAGGCUAUGAUCUUCCUUCGCCAUCAUCUCCAUGUAGAUCUCAAGAAUGAAUACUUGACCAUAAAAGAACCAGAAGUUCUUUGGAGUAGCUUGAAGGAUAGGUUUGACCACCUGAAAAAUGUGGUAUUACCUAAAGCUCGCUAUGAUUGGACACAUCUGAGAAUACAAGACUUUAAGUCAGUGAGUGAGUAUAACUCAGCAAUGUUCAAAAUAACUUCCAAAUUGGAGUUAUGUGGAGAGAAAGUCACAGAUGCAGAUAUGCUGGAAAAGACAUACUCAACCUUUCACGCAAACAAUGUUGUCCUGUAG